UGUCACGUGAUAGUGUGGGCGGGUCUGAAGUCAGUUUCCGGAAACAUGGAGGCUGUAUUGAGCGAUGUGGUGGCUCCUGAAGACCUAAUAAAAUUUGAGAAGAAGUACAAAAAUGAGCAGGUGAAGGGAGCCGUCUCCAAGGAAACCAAGUUUGAAUAUGCCUGGUGUUUGAUCAGGAGCAAAUACUCAGAGGACAUCAAGAAGGGAAUCGUACUCUUGGAGGAGCUCGUUCAGAAAGCAUCAAAGGACGACUCUCGGGACUUUUUGUUCUACCUUGCAGUGGCCAACUACAGGCUCAAAGAAUAUGAGAAAGCCCUGAAGUACAUCCGGACUCUGCUCAGGAACGAGCCGGGGAACAAGCAAGCUCUGGAGCUGGAGAAACUCAUCGACAAGGCUUUAAAGAAAGAUGGCUUGGUUGGCAUGGCGAUUGUCGGGGGGAUCGGUCUCGGUGUGGCCGGGUUAGCGGGCCUCAUUGGCUUGGCGGUGUCAAAGGGAGCUGCCAAAUCCUAAUCUGGACAUGAAACAGUGUGUUUUCAUUUUGCUGGACUCAUACACUGACACCACAUAAAGAAAAACUAAUAAAGCUUCGGGGGUGAAAGCUUCAAGGAUGUAUAAUAUUGAUUUGAGGCUGAAUAUGUUUUGCAUCACAUUAAAAGAUUUGAAUAUUGCCAGUAAAUAACUUGUUUUCAUACUGUAACAGGGUUGCUGUCAAUUCAUUCACUAUAUAUAACAUGACACUUUCUCAUUACUUGUAUAAAUGACCUAGAGUAGACAUGAUGCCAUUCAGUUUAAUAUAAUUUCUUAGUGUACACUUUGGCCUACACUUACUAAGUUGACAUUUUGUAAUAUAACUUUCUAAAAGUGCAGGUUUGAUUUCUUUCAUUGUGCUUGAAUUGUUAAAGAAAGUGUUGCUGGUGAAGUAUGAAGUGUAGGUUGUAGCGCCAAGGCGGGAACAGAGUUGUUUUUUUUUGCAGUUGAUGUAGCAGUGACUCACAUCUGUACAAGACUGUAAGUCCAGCUGCUGCUUAGGAGGUAAAGAGCAGAUGUUUGCAUUUGUUGUGACUGCAGUUUAUUUGAAGUUGUUCUGAAUUAAAGGGAUGCAAUGCACUUAUGAGAAAUUAAUACAUUUUCCUCAUGUAAAAUACAUUUCCUAGCAUUUACACAGACUGUUUAAUGAGUUGUGUUUCAUUCUGGUAAAAUAAAAUGAUUCUGAAAUGCGAGAA